AUGGAUGUCCAAGUAAUCAGAGGAAUGUAUGGGAUCAAUAGAAUCAAAGGGGAAGAUUACAAGUUAAAGAGAAAACGAGAGAAACUCAAAUUAUUGGAUCAUAAUGAGAAUGAAAAAGAGAAAAAAGAAAAUAUAGUUGUAGGAAAUAAAAUUGAAUCAAGGGGAGUUGAUGAGAAGUUGUUAAAAAGUCCGCCAAAGAGCAUGUUAAAAACUCCACCAAAGAGCAUGUUAAAAACUCCACCAAAGAGCAUGUUAAAAACUCCAAAGAGUCAAGGUCAACAAUACCCAGGGUUCAUGGGGUCACAUGACGUGAAGCCCCGGCCACCACCCCACCAGACUCCACAAGACAAAGACAAGAAUAUACGGAUAAAGCUAGAGAACAAUGACCUCUGGCAGAAAUUCCAUACACUUGGAACAGAAAUGAUCAUCACUAAAACUGGAAGGCGGAUGUUUCCAAUAUUUAAAAUUCUCCUAGAGGGCCUUGAUCCGCAUGCGAAAUACAUACUAUUGGUAGAUUUGGUUCCUAUUGACGACUGUCGCUACAAAUAUCACAACUCAGAGUGGGUGGUGACAGGGAAAGCCGAACCUCACAUGCCAGGACGUCUCUAUAUUCAUCCCGAUUCCCCCGCAUCUGGAGCUCAUUGGAUGAAACAAAGUGUAUCAUUUCAUAAGAUGAAACUCACAAAUAACAAUCUAGAUCAGAAUGGCCAUAUAAUCUUGAACUCAAUGCAUAAAUACCAACCCAGGUUCCAUGUGGUUCAGGCUAAUGAUAUAUUCACCAUGAGGUGGAAUAGUUUUAACACAUACUCGUUUGAGGAGACAUCAUUUAUAGCAGUUACAGCCUACCAGAAUGAACAGAUUACACAAUUAAAGAUUGAUAAUAACCCAUUUGCAAAAGGAUUCAGAGACAAUGGAAUGGGCAGAAGGGACCGCCUGCCGCACUUUGGAAAGCGUAUGAUUGGUCUAGAAAGUUCUAUCACUUCUGAUUCCGAAGAAGAUAAAGAAGGCGACAAGAAGCGAGUUAGAGCGAGUGUCUCAGCAUCGGAAUCAUCAAGUGCAUCAAUAGAAACAAAGGAUAAACCCCACACUGAUACCCCUACAUCGACGUACAAAGAACUUUCACGUCCCAUCUCAAAUUCCUUAUCAGCGUUAAAUCGAAUGCGGAAUCAAACUAGUCGAAAUCCACUCCUACCGCCAUCUUGUCAAUAUUUCCCGCAAAGUUCAUCGUCAUAUUUUCCAAGUCCCGAUGUUUAUUACCAGCAUGCAGCCCCUAGUGGCACUUCAGUGAACUAUCCUACGUCAUCGUUACCAGCGUGUCAACUAUCGGGUCAGAGUUCAGCGGUGUCAUCGUCAAUAUCUGGAAGUUUUGGACUCACAACGUCAACAGCCUUGGCCCAUACGACAUUACCCCCCUCACAUACUUCCUUACCCUCGUGUAAUUACAUGCAAGCUGGACAGGCAUAUUCUGCCAUUACACCAAAUGUGAUGGGAAUGCCGGGGCACUUCCAGUAAAAAUAAAAGUGAAAUACGGUCUACAGUUUCUCUAAAGUACAAUCAUAUUGGUCAUUGAAAUUCAGUCUUACAAAACACUUUAAGGUAUGGCCAGUAGGAUGACUAUCUGGCUGCAAGCAAACAUAUGUAAAAGCUAAUUUGCCAGAUUACUCAUUAUACUCAGCCCACCUUGGACAGAAUAAUUUUCACCUAUUAAUACUAUUCUUAAAUACAUUUAAUGUAAUAUGAAUAUUAUUGUAAAUUUUUAAUUUAUAAAUUCUCUUUUUAAAAUAAUUAUGUAAAAGAAUAUUACAUGAACCAUUUACAAAUCGCAAACAGACACAUUGUAAGGAUUUAAAAUAUUCCAUGUUUCAUAUUGAAAAUGUAAGUUAUAUGAACACAUGUGCAUCUUACUUAAUGUGUAAGAGAAUUUUUGUGCAAUGUAAUUUUAGUUUUUGCUCAGGGAUAUGCUUAUUAAUCAUUGAUGUACAUAUAUUAAUCAUUGAUAUAUAUUC